UGCUGUUUGUCUUAUCAUCGAUGGGAGCGCUCAAUCAACCAACACGCGUUUGUUCGCACCUCCCCCCACAGCAUACACUUCCUAUUGUCCAGAACCACAUCUUCACAUUAAUUCAUGAUUCCUGAGGAAGCCCCGGGGCAUUCCAGCGAAACGGGGUCUUUACCGCGGACGCCUUCUCAGACCCCGAGCAACAACGCAGUUCUUCCAGAGGCUCCUGCUCUCAAUGAAGCUACUCAGCCAGACAAUGCAGAUGCUCACAUCAGUGCUGUCUCGGUUGAAACCACCGACAAGAUUGACCACAUAAUCGAAACUGAUAGAGAUAAGAGUGGCGGGGGUAGUAUUUCGCGUUCAGCGUUACACAGAGUGUUCCGUGGUGUCGUUGCGGCCACCAAGACACCCGACGAUGUGGCGGCACCCAUUUUCCGGUGGAUCUUGUCCUGUGGAGGACCUCGUUUCAGUGCCGCGCGAAGCUCUCAAGGUUUCCUAGCUGUAUCCCUGUGCAGCUUGCUGAAGGAUAAUAAAAUCGACGAACUUUAUCGGUUCCACGUUUGGCUUUCGGACGGCCAGCGCAGCAAUCCCAACUUUGCAGUGCACUCUCACCAGUCAUACGCGCGAAGCUGGAUCCUUGCCGGUGAGGGCAGGGAUUACCGGUACACGUUUGUGCCAGCUAUAAAUAGGGCGGAUGCUACCCACGCUAUGUACAAAGUGGAGUGGUCGGACAACAAGAAUACCAGUACCAAUUACAAGACCCACCAGAUCUCAUCUACGGUGCUGAAUACUAAAACGUUCGGGCGCAUAACGGAGACUCAUGGUCCCUCAGUUCACACGCGGGACAUGAGCUACGUCGUUCCUUCCCGUCAUUUCCAUAGUACGGAAGUGGCGCCAGAUACCCUUCACGCUACUCUGUUCGUCUUCGACUCUCAACGCGGAUUCGUGGAAUUCGCUCCCGUUCUUGGCCCCGUGGAUCUGGAGUCGUCCACGCAGUUGCGCGAUCCUGCUGGAGUGACGCCUGCAGCACUUGCAAACAUGGUCGACACCAUGCGUUCAUGGGAAACGCUGAUGGAGCAAGGGCAGCAACACUCCGAGCGUGCAGAAUGGGAGCACGCACUUCGAGCCUUCAAUAAAGCAUUGAGUUUGUGCGAGUCUGUCCCCAGCUUCCCGAAUCCGGCGCGAUACAAGCAUCAGGUCUCCGGUCAACUUGGAAAUACGAAUCGGCGGUUUGGUAGAUAUGAGCAGGCGAGGGACAUUUUAGAGAAGGCUCUUAAGGAGAUGGGACCCGAGAGCUCCGAGCGUGUCGAGUUCUGCGGCGAGCUUGGUGUCAUCUAUCGUCACAUGAACCGCCUUGAAGACGCCAAGCGCGCGUUUGAGGACCAGUAUGACACCGCGAAGCGGCUAAGGAAUGAGCGAGCUCAGUGUCGUGCCGUGGGGAAUCUGGGCAUGGUUAACUAUCAGCUUGCUGGACAGAGUGGUGGUCCUCUGUUGGAUGUGGCCAUCGAACAACUCACGGAACGCGUUACGAGCGUUCGACGUCUCAAAGCUGCCCUUCAUCCUCGGUCGUCGGACCCAAACCAGCGUCGCUUGUUUAACACUUUUACAACCUGGGAGAUGGUUGGCCUCAGCCGCCUGUCACUCUGCUAUACCGCCCGCGGUGAAGGAAAGCAAGCUAUCAAGGCAGCAUCGGAGGGCAUCGAACUUACGAGAAACUCAGCGGACCCAACGGUCAUCGCAAUGAGCCGACUUUUCUAUGGCCUUGCUUUAUUACGAGAUGGACAGCGCCAAGAGGCGUUGAAGCAGUUCAACCCACCGAGUGGAUGCACGCCUGCGAUUGCUUUAUGUAAAGAACCGUCAGAGGAGCAUCGCUCAUAUUUGACCGAAUUAGUGGAUGUCGGUGCAGAUAUGGAUGCUAUUGACGAACAAGGCUACAAGGCGCUGGACUAUGCGGUGUUCAAUGGUGACUCGGCUAUGGAAACGCUCGUACUUGAAGGGCUCCGUCGGCAAUUGGACGGUGAUGUGAAGAAGGAAGUUGCUCGUCGACAGGAUGAGGCAAAGCUUCGGAAAGGCUACCGAGUACUCUUCCAGGAAAAACUGCGCCCGGUACUGCUCAGUAGUAGUAGCAACAAGAACGCUCUACAAGACCUGCGACGUGUGUAUGCUGAUGCACUCGCUACGGACACGGAGAAGGCUCGUCUGUUCGAUGCGCUCAAGUUUGUGCGCUUUUCAGACUUCCUGGGAUUCGGAAAGAUACCGCGAUCAAGUGACAAGUUACCAGGAACGGGCGACCCUUUGGUGCAGUUGUACAGAUCGAACAUUCAGAAUGACGGUCAGCCCAGGGACACGGCCGACGUUGUCAUCUUUUUCUCAUACCGCUGGAUCAAUAAAGGCCCCGGGACAGCACGGGAUACACCGGAUGACAGUAGCAACAUGCAGUACAACCGAAUGGUGAAUGCCAUCGAGAACUUCCUAUUGCUUCAUCCGUCCGUGGACAAAGAGCGACUGGGAAUAUGGGUCGAUCAUGCAUGCGUUGACCAAGACAAUCCUGCACCCGGCGUUGCCGCUCUUCCCAUGAUCAUCGCGCAAUGCAACGCCUUGAUCAGCCUCGUGGACGACGCUUACCACACGCGCGCAUGGUGUUCGGUCGAGGUCAUGAUGGUGCAGACACUGAGAAGGUCGUACAACCUCCACAUGUGGUACGAACAUGUACUUUCAGACUCGGGUGGAGGUAUUCUGCGAGAAGGGCCAAUGGAUCUGGAAAUUGUCAUGAUAAGCAAAGAGUUGACGUAUGAGGAAGACAGGCCCAAAGUAAUGUUUUUGGAAAGGCAGAGCAAGUUGUUAGGAUAGGUUGUGAGAUACCAUUUAGAUUGACCUUCGCUUCUUGUCACAUACAUAUGCUGUAUCUAGGUCGUGUGUUGUACUGUAUA